UUUGGCUCGGUUGGAACUUCCUCUAUAAGUCGGUUGUUCCCGCAACCUCUGUGUGCCUGUGUGUGUAUAUAUAUUGUGCAGUACUGAGAAAGUGCAAAAUCAAGAGUUGAAUGUAAACUGCACAAACGUAAAUAAAUAAAAUACGAAAACUGCAAUGUCUGCGAAGACUUCGGUGUGGCUGGUGUUCUUUUGCGCCCUCGGCUGCCUCAUUCACGAUGCCGAUUUGCGGAGUAUUCAACCAAAGGCAUCCCAGUGUGGCUAUCAGAGCUGCCAUCCAACCAAACCCAACAUGCUGAACGUGCACCUGGUGGCCCACACCCAUGACGACGUGGGAUGGCUGAAGACCGUUGACCAAUACUACUAUGGCAGCGAGACCAGGAUCCAAAAGGCUGGAGUCCAGUACAUAAUCGAUUCGGUGGUGGAGGCUCUGCUCAGGGAUCCCGAGAAGCGAUUCAUCUAUGUGGAAUCUGCCUUCUUCUUCAAGUGGUGGAAGGAGCAGAAGCCCAAGGUUCAGGAUGCAGUUAAGAUGCUGGUGGAGCAAGGAAGACUCGAAUUCAUUGGCGGCGCCUGGAGCAUGAAUGACGAGGCCACCACCCAUUACCAGAGUGUAAUCGAUCAGUUCUCCUGGGGAUUGAGACUUUUGAAUGACACCUUUGGUGAGUGCGGACGUCCGCGAGUUGGAUGGCAAAUAGAUCCUUUUGGUCACUCCCGGGAGAUGGCAUCCAUGUUCGCGCAAAUGGGCUUCGAUGGCAUGUUCUUCGGUAGACUGGACUACCAGGAUAAGGACAAGCGUCUGAUGACUAAAAAUGCUGAGAUGAUCUGGCAUGGAUCAGCCAAUUUGGGAGAGGAAGCGGAUCUGUUCAGUGGCGCCCUCUACAACAACUACCAGGCGCCAGAUGGCUUCUGCUUCGAUAUCCUAUGCAGCGAUGCACCCAUUAUCGAUGGCAAACACAGUCCCGACAAUAAUGUUAAAGAGCGCAUCGAUACGUUUUUGGAUUUCGCCAAGACCCAAUCGCAAUACUACCGCACCAACAAUAUCAUUGUCACAAUGGGCGGUGAUUUCACAUACCAGGCUGCUCAAGUUUACUAUAAGAACCUCGACAAGUUGAUACGAUAUGGCAAUGAACGCCAGGCAAAUGGUUCGAACAUAAACCUUCUGUACUCCACUCCAUCGUGCUAUCUGAAAUCCCUGCACGAUGCGGGCAUCACCUGGCCAACCAAGAGCGACGACUUCUUCCCAUAUGCCUCCGAUCCACAUGCCUAUUGGACGGGAUAUUUCACAUCGCGACCCACCUUGAAGCGAUUCGAACGGGAUGGCAAUCACUUCCUGCAGGUCUGCAAGCAGUUGAGUGCCCUGGCGCCCAAGAAACCCGAAGAAUUCGAUCCCCACUUGACCUUCAUGAGGGAAACGCUCGGAAUAAUGCAGCACCACGAUGCCAUAACUGGAACAGAGAAGGAAAAGGUGGCUCUGGACUAUGCCAAGCGGAUGAGUGUUGCUUUCAGGGCUUGUGGAGCUACCACUCGGAAUGCCUUGAAUCAAUUGACGGUGCAAUCGAAGGAUAAUGUCAAGGAUAAGUCGGCCAAAUAUGUGUUCGAGUUCAAAACCUGUGCCCUACUGAACAUCACUUUGUGUCCAGUGUCCGAGGUGAACGACAGAUUUGCUCUAACCCUCUACAAUCCACUGGCUCACACGGUCAAUGAGUAUGUGAGGAUCCCUGUGCCAUAUUCCAACUACAGGAUCAUCGAUAACAAGGGUGUUACUCUGGAAAGCCAAGCUGUUCCGAUUCCCCAAGUGCUGAUCGACAUUAAGCACAGAAAUUCCACAGCCAAAUACGAAAUUGUUUUCCUAGCUACCAAUAUUCCGCCUUUGGGAUACCGUACAUAUUAUGUUGAAAAACUGGAUAGUACCGAGGACAAUACUAGAACAAAGGCUUUGCCAAAGAGAACUUCCAGCGUUACAGUGAUUGGAAAUAGUCACAUUAAACUUGGUUUCGACACCAAUGGUUUCCUUUCUGAAGUCACUGCUGAUGGCCUAACCAGAUUGGUCAGUCAGGAGUUCCUGUUCUACGAGGGUGCUGUUGGAAACAACGCGGAGUUCCUGAAUCGAUCAUCUGGAGCCUAUAUUUUCCGACCCAACGAGAACAAGAUUCACUUUGCCACCGAUCAAGUCGAAAUUCAAGUCUACAAGGGUGAUCUGGUUCAGGAGGUGCAUCAGAAGUUCAACGAUUGGAUUAGCCAGGUGGUGCGUGUUUACAACAAGGACUCAUUCGCUGAGUUCGAGUGGCUGGUUGGACCGAUUCCCAUUGAUGAUGGCAUUGGCAAGGAGGUGAUUACUCGCUUUAACUCUGACAUCGCUUCCGAUGGCAUUUUCCGCACCGAUUCAAAUGGUCGCGAGAUGAUCAAGAGGAAAAUCAACCAUCGCGAUACGUGGAGUGUGAAAAUCAACGAAGCCGUUGCCGGCAAUUACUAUCCCAUUACGACUAAAAUAGAUCUGGAGGACGACACUGCGCGCAUGGCCAUCCUAACGGACAGAGCCCAGGGUGGCAGCUCCUUGAAGGACGGAUCCUUGGAACUGAUGGUUCACCGUCGUCUGUUGAAGGACGAUGCCUUUGGAGUGGGCGAGGCCUUGAAUGAAACCGAGUUUGGCGAUGGACUGAUUGCCCGAGGCAAGCACCAUCUGUUCUUCGGCAAGUCGACGGAUCGGGAAGGUGUUUCCCUCAAGGGAAUCGAGAGGCUAACCCAGCUGGAGAAACUGUUGCCCACAUGGAAGUUCUUCAGCAAUAUGGAGGAUUACAGUGCCGAUGAAUGGCAGACAGCUUUCACUAAUAUCUUCAGUGGAAUUUCAUUGGUUCUGCCGAAACCCGUGCAUCUGCUCACCUUGGAACCCUGGCACGAGAACGAACUCCUGGUGCGCUUCGAGCACAUCAUGGAGAACGGCGAGGAUGCAUCCUACUCCCAGCCCGUGCAGUUCAAUGUCAAGAACGUGCUGAGUGCCUUUGAUGUCGAGGGCAUCCGCGAAACGACUCUGGAUGGCAAUGCCUGGCUGGACGAAAGUCGACGACUCCAGUUUGCGCCGGAUCCUGAAGAAGCCGCGUUCAACACGUAUGCCACAUUCUCGCAACCCGCCGAAUCCGUUCACCUACUAAGUGCCGAGAAGCCCAUGUUGGGUGUUAAGUACGCCGACGAAGGCUUGCCAGCUGGACAACUGGGUGCCGAGAGCAACCGCAUUAAGCGCGAAACAGACUCGCGUCAGGACAAAAAGGACGAGGGUCGCAGCUCCAAGUCGACUGAAGGUCCUUACAACUCCUUCAAGGCAGAUAGUAGCAAUCAGGAAUACAUUAUCGAGCUGAGCCCUAUGGAAAUCAGAACAUUCAUUGUAUACCUAACACCAGCGUAAAAUACUUUUUACUCUAAAGCAACGAAAGUAUAUGCUUAAUAAAAUUUAAUGAGUAAUAUAA